AUGGCCAGUGCUCACAAAAAUGCGGGCAGUCCACUCCACCCCGAUCCAGCCCUCUUGAGGACACAUGAAAGCGAUGAAACGUGGAGAAAGUCAACCGAAGGUGGAUCGGCCUCUUCGGCACCUUUUUCAUCUAAAAAUCCACCUUCAACGCCACAAAAUCAACCUUCAACGUCACAAAAUCAACCUUCAUCAUCACCUUCCAAAGCUUCAUCUUCAUCACAGCCUUCGGCGACAAAUUCGGGGCCACGAUCGGAAGGUAGUGUAAUAUUUUUUGUUGUCUUGUUUGUUUAGACUGCCUUAUUUUGGGCUUUUUUAGAAAGUGAUGAGAGAGUAGCUGGGCGAUAACUCUUUUCUCAGACUUUCUUUGUUGUUUCGUCCUGUUUUUGGGGAAAUUCACGGAGUUUGGCUUUGAUACUUUUGCAUAAUAUUGAAGUAGUUUUAUGGCUUCUUUGUUUUUUUGCAAAAUUUUUUAAAUAUAUUGUUGAUUAUAGCAUUAGAAUGAGGUUUUUUUUGUUUAAAACGGGGUUAAAAUGUUGAGUUUUGGAGGUUUUGUGUCAUUUUUGGCCAGUUUCAUGUCUAACUGAUUAAAACACAACGUCUCUGAGGUUUCAAAGCCAAUACCCUUUAAAAUUAUACCCAAAUUUCUCAAAAUGUUUACAAAUUCACGUUGUUUACCUUCACCAUCACGCAAUAUGUAAACGCUAUACAAAUAUUCGCCCUUACCCUGAUUAAAUGUGUUAUUUUUUGUGCAGUAGCAACCUCAUCCCUUGAAGGAGUACCAUUUGACAAGAUAAAUCCGUUAGCCAGCCAUCAGCCUCAGGCGCCGCUGAUUCAGGGCUCCGUCUCGAAGGAGGCGGCGGUCAAGACUCAUGUCAACCUAAGUGGGCUGAGUAGGGAGAAGGAGGAGCAGAUACGAGAGUUGUAUGAUCGAUUGGAUAUGGACAAUGAUGGCACGAUUAAUAUACGAGACUUGUCGGUAGCAUUGCAGAAAGAGGUACCGCAUAUUCCAAGUAAUUUGGCACCGGUGAGUGUUUUUGUUUAUUUUUGGUUUUUGAAGUUUAGGUAUGUUAUUAAUGGUGGUUAUUGGAGGUAAUAGAUGGCUUGAAGUGUACUUUAGAUAGUAGACGUUAAGAAGUUUGUUGAGCUGAUUUUUCGGCGCUAGGACAAAUGCGGUUUUUGGACAUUUGCGGAUCUGCGGUUUUUAGACACUUGCGAAUCUUCGGUUUUUGGACACUUGCGGAUUUUGGACAUUUGCGGAUUUUUAAAGGGGUUUUUUUUAUUUUUUAUUUAAUUUAGUUGUAGUAUGGUACUAAAUGGUACUAAAGUUUAAAUUGGCACUGUCUUAAUAUUUCUUAAUGUUAAAUAGUACUAAAUUUUUAAUCGGUACUGUUCUUAUAUUUUUGGUACUAAAUAGUACUAAAAGCCCAAAAAGGUACUGUUAUGUUAAAACCGUACCAAUUCAAACUUUAGUACAAUUUAGUACCAUAAUACAACUAAAUUAACUAAAAAAAAAAAAAAAAAACCUUUAAAAAAUCCGCAAAUGUCCAAGAACCGAAGAUCCGCAAGUGUCUAAAAACCGCAGAUCCGCAAAUGUCCAAGAACCGAAGAUCCGCAAGUGUCUAAAAACCGCAGAUCCGCAAAUGUCCAAAAACCGCAUUUGUCCUAGCGCCGAUUUUUCAGGGAUUGAGGGCUGAAUUUUAGGCCAAAUAGGCAGCCUUAUUGGCUCUUUUUGACCUUUCUGGGCUGUUACCUCUGAGGCUUGAAAAAGUUCGAGAAACUGCUUAAAACUAGCGUCAAAUGGCUAUUAAAAUACGUCAAAAAGCAUUUUAUUACUUUUAUUAAUGCUUAUUUAUAAAAAAAGCCUCAUUAACUCUGAAAGUAAAAGCUAAUAACUAUUAUUUAUUAUAUAUUGUAGUAGGCUUUUUACAUUUUAAAAUUAAUAAACUUGAUUUUAUGAAUGUAAAACCGAACCUUUUUAGAAAAUAUUACAAACGAUAUCACAAGAAGACAAGGACUGGAUUAAUUACCCUGAGUUUAUAGAAUAUAUUGUAGAACAUGAAAGGAAAUUGGAGAAAGUGUUUCAGGAGUUGGACAGGAACAAAGACGGUUAGUUUUGUCGUUAUUUGUAGUUGAAUAGUGUAAAAUACGAGGUGCUGAUUCAAUACUUAACACUAAUGAAUAUUGAACUGAGAGUUUUUGCAAAUUGUUCUGUUUUAUACCUAAAACUUUGAAGAUUAAAGACAUUUUCGAAAUGAAGUGAUUAAAAUUUAAGUAUUUUACUAUAUUUUUAUAAUCCUUAGGGUAAUAUUUAUAUAAAACUGUCAAAAUCGCAAUGAAAAAAGCCUAAUAUAAAACCUAAUUUCAGGCCUGAUAGACGAAAAAGAGAUUAAAAGCUACUGCCAUGAGCACGGAAUGCCUUUGAGCGAUGCCAAAGCCUCACAUAUCGUUAAUCAGAUGGAUCAAACGGGAUCAAGUUCAGUGGAUUUGAAGGAAUUCAAGGACUUUAUGUUGUUGUAUCCGUCUUCGGAUGCGUUGGAAAUUGCCAAGUUUUGGAGGCAUAAUCUUGUAAGGGUUUGGCUGUAAAAUGAGUUUCAGUUACAUAUAUUGAUCAAGAAGUUACUUUUUUGCGUGUGUGGGGUUUUUCAGCAUUUUUGGGAGAUUUUUAGACCAAAAUGGCAUAAAUACAUGAUUUUUUAAGGGAUUUUUAGCUAUUUUUUCAAAAUUUUAGGUUUUUAUGGUAUUGUUUGGCCAACAGAUGACUUUUUAUGUCGUUAUUUUAUAUAAAAAGCUUUAUAUAAAGGUAGAAAAAGUCAUUUGAUACCUAAAAAUAAAAGAAAUUGCUUUUUUUAGAGUUUAAAUCUUGAUAUUAACCACUAAAAUCCAUAAAAACAACUAAAAUGCUAAAUGUUAAGGUGAUAGACAUUGGAGAAGACAGUCAGAUCCCAGAAGACUUUACUCCAGCCGAACUUCAAACCGGAGUUUGGUGGAGGCAUCUAGUGGCCGGAGGAGUGGCUGGAUGCAUGAGUAGGACCUGUACGGCACCGUUGGAUAGGCUAAAAGUCUUUUUGCAGGUAAGUUAUAUGAAGAUAUGGCGAUUGAUAUAGAGCAAAUUUUUUUAUAGAUGGCAGUUAUUACUAGGCGGGUAUUUUUUGUUCGGUGAAGGGGGUGGGCGGGGUAAAAGUUUUUUUGAGGGGGGGGAGGUGUUUUUUUCGAAAAAGUUUUUCUUGAAUUUAAGGGGUAUUAGGUUUUACUUUUUUAAUUUUUGGGGGCGGGUGGGGUAAAAUUAUUCUUGGGAGGGGGUGGAUUUUUAAAAAUUUUUUGUUUCAUAUGAGUCAGGAAAGGGAGAGGAUGAAGAUCAAAAAAUUUUUGAUUUUUUUAUAAGGGCGGGUUCACAUAUUACACAUUUUCUAUAUUAUCCUACCUUCCAGGUCCACUCAAGUAAACAAACCCCCUACGGCGUAAUCGGAGCCAUAAAAUACCUACACAGUGAGGGCGGUGUCAAGUCUUUUUGGCGUGGCAACGGAAUCAACGUGGUGAAAAUAGCUCCAGAAUCCGCGUGCAAAUUCAUGGCCUACGAGCAAAUGAAGCGAGUGAUACAGAGGGUUCGAGGAAAAGAAGAACUGACGAUUCAAGAGCGGUUCGUAGCCGGAGCUUCAGCUGGUGCCAUAGCACAGUCCCUGAUCUAUCCUCUAGAGGUGUUGAAGACGAGGCUGGCGUUGAGGAAGAGUGGUCAGAUGGAUAAAGGGCUAAUGGCAUUCGCGAGGUAUAUGUACAAACACGAAGGAUUUCUAUGCUUUUACAAGGUAAGUGGGGGGGAGGAACAUAUUUUUUGAUUUUUCAAAUCUUUUUCAAAAUUAUAUUUCAAAUCGAUUUCAAAUUAAAAAUUCUGACUAGUACGACCGUUUUCAGGGUUACAUUCCUAAUCUAUUAGGUAUAAUUCCAUAUGCGGGUAUCGACUUGGCGAUCUACGAAACACUAAAAGGACAAUACCUUAAACAUAAUUUGGUCAGUGAACCGGGGGUCCUGGCACUGCUGGCUUGUGGAACAUGUAGCAGUACAUGCGGACAGUUGGCCAGUUAUCCAUUGGCAUUGAUCAGGACAAGGCUACAGGCACGGUGUAAGGUUUUUACCGGGUUUUAUUGGGAAAUAUUUGGCUUUUUGGUGGUAUAAAGUUUUGUUUUGGAUGUAGUUUAUAUUGUAGUAGGUUGUGUGCCUUAAAUUUUGCUUUUAGAUAUAUUAUUGUAGGAUAUGAUCUACUACAAGCACGAUAAUUUUCUUAAUUUUAGCGAUAAGCAACGAUAAAAACCAACCAGACACGAUGAUAGGCCAGUUCAAGUACAUUAUAAAGAACGAAGGCCCCACGGGCUUAUAUCGUGGCAUAACACCAAACUUCAUGAAGGUCAUACCAGCUGUCAGCAUCUCCUACGUGGUCUACGAGACAGUACGGAAACAAUUGGGUGCCACUAUGUCAUAA